UUUUUCUUCUCUUUGUUUUCAUUUUGGUAAAAACCAACACACAGCAACUUCCUUCCAUAGAAGGCCGAAGAUUCCUCCCCCAUCACAUAUUAGACAAAUUUUUUUGGAUAAAUUAAAAUAAAAUAAAAUAAAAAGAACAGCGCCAAUAUAACGCCAGCAAAUUCCUACUCAAUCAUGACCACCACCGUCACCUUCUCCCUGCAGGUCCCAACCAGGAUUAACACGCUUCGAUCGACUGCUGCCUGUGUUCUUCCAUCCUCUUUCUCUUUCUCUGAUAUGGCCAGUGGUGCAGGUCCAAGUUUAUAUCCAUUGCACCGUUGCAAAACUCUUCACCUGGUGAGGCAUGCGCAAGGAAUCCACAAUGUUGAAGGAGAUAAAAAUUAUAAAGCAUUAUUGUCUCCUGAAUAUUUUGAUGCACACCUUACUCCACUAGGCUGGCAGCAGGUCAACAAUUUGCAUGAGCAUGUUCGUUCUUGUGGGCUUUCCAAGAAGAUCGAUUUAGUCAUUACAUCUCCUUUACUAAGGACUAUGCAAACAGCUGUUGGAGUAUUUGGUGGUGAGGGCUACACUAAUAGGACGGAUGUGUUACCAUUAAUGGUGGCAAAUGCAGGAAAUAGUGACCGUGCUGCAAUUUCAAGUCUAAACUGCCCUCCAUUUAUUGCAGUUGAACUUUGUCGAGAGCAUUUGGGAGUCCACCCUUGUGAUAAGAGAAGAACCAUCAGUGACUAUCAGUUACUAUUUCCUGCAAUUGAUUUUGCACUGAUAGAUAGUGACGAGGACAUACUGUGGAAGGCCAACGUUAGAGAGACAAAUGAAGAAGUUGCAGCUAGGGGAUUGAAGUUCUUGAACUGGCUGUGGACACGGAAGGAGAAGGAGAUAGCAAUAGUUACCCACAGCGGAUUUUUGUUUCAUACAUUGAGUGCAUUUGGAAACGACUGUUACCCUUUGGUCAAGAAAGAGAUAUGCAAACACUUUGCAAAUUGUGAGCUCCGCUCCAUGGUCAUCGUUGACAGAAGUAUGACAGGGUUGGAUACCUCAUCAACCAACUAUCCAGGAAAUACUCCUCCUGGUCCAGACCUCCCUAGUGAUGCUGUGGAUGAGAAAAACUAAAUAGAAGUGCCCAAUUCUAGAAUUACAUAUAAAUGAAUACAGUGCAUGGCUGGCUAGUGAAGUCUUUAAAGGGUUGAAGUUGAGUGUUAUAAAGAAGGGUUGAACGUCCGUGGACUCUGGAUGCCGUGGUGGUUUUGGUUGGGAAUUUCAAGACUAGUUCUAUAUGGAGAUUAUGGUUUGGCCAAUGACGGAAGUGAUGGACAACAAUUAUUCUUUCGGAAAGAAAAUGAGAUGUAUUUGAUUAUUAGAAAAUACAUAGGGAGCAAUGUUAUGGUUGUAGCCAAUGAGAGCUCUUUUCUGACCAUUCCGGUAACUGAAUUAUGUUUUUUUUUUUUUCCCUGUUAGUAUUAGAAAUGCAUCAAACUUGUACAGGCUAGUCUCUGGUCCUGUGUUACUGCCGUUACAUGCUUAUGCUCUGAAGAGUUGUUUUUCUCAACUUUUAAAAAUUAUCAUUUCCAAAUAAUAUUAGCAUGAAUGUUUGAACA